AUGACAACCUCCCAGACUCACAGCGGAAAGGCGGCUACGCCGACGGGAAUCAAAGUGGUGAUCGUUGGCGCAGGAUUCGGUGGAUUGACGGCUGCAAUCGAAUGUUAUCGCCAGGGACACAGCGUGGAGAUAUACGAAUCAUUUCCAGAGCUCAAAUCGCUCGGUGAUAUCAUCUCCUUCGGUCCUAAUGCAGGUCGAAUCUUCCGUCGUUGGUCCGAAGGUGCCAUCACGGAACGACUGAGGGCUUUGAGUAUUAACUUGGAAAACCACGGCUUCAAGAUUCACAAAUGGACGGGCGAGCUUAUGCACACACAGCCGCCUCAUAAAUACGAUCCGGAGGCCCCGGUAUUCAAUGGUCAUCGGGGUGAAUUGCACACGGUUAUUUUCAAUUAUGCAAAGGAUGAUUUAGGGAUUCCCAUUCAUCUCGGUCACAAGGCUGUAGAGUAUUUCGAGGAUGAGACCCAAGCUGGCAUCAUUCUUGAGAAUGGAAAUAAGGUUACUGCAGAUCUCGUCAUUGGGGCAGAUGGUGUACGCUCUAAAGCGCGUGAGCUGGUCCUGGGCUAUGUCGACAAGCCAAAGUCAAGUGGCUAUGCAAUCUUCCGGGCAUGGUUCUCAAACGAGGACAUGAUGCGCGAUCCACGCACUAAACAUUUUUGUGAAAAUGGCGAUACCUUUAAUGGAUGGAUUGGGCCUGAUGUGCAUUUUCUCUUUUCCACCAUCAAAAAUGGACAAGAUUGCUGUUGGGAUGAAGCCGAUAUUGCAGAAUCUUGGUCACUCCCCGGUAAAUUGGAAGAUGUGUACAAGGUUAUUGACGGCUGGGAUCCGCUCGUCAAAGCGAUUGUCGAGAAGUCACCCUCACUCGUCGAUUGGAAACUUGUAUACCGGGAUCCGCUGCCUCGGUGGGUGAGUGAUCAGGGACGUAUUGCGUUGCUUGGGGAUUCAGCACAUCCUUUUCUACCUACUUCCGCACAGGGAGCGACGCAGGCGAUGGAAGAUGGGGUCGUACUCGCAGUGUGUUUGAAAGAAGGCGGGAAGGACAAUGUGCCUGAUGCUGUGCGAGCUUAUCAAGAUAUCCGGUACGAACGUGUGAAAGCCGUUCAGAAGACCGGAGAGACCACCCGUGAUAUGUGGCAUAAGGCAGACUGGGAUCAGGUCAAGAAAAAUCCCUCAUCCAUUCAGCUUCCCCGUGAAGAUUGGAUUUUCCGAUUCGAUGCGGAGAGUAACGCGAGGGACUCGUUUGAGUCGGCAUUGCAGAGGGUGCAGGAGGUGAACUAG